AGGAACGACGUGACCUGCCAGAGCAACUCGAUUCAAUACCCGGGCAGGAUGGCCAUGGAGCUGCUCAAUAUUGUGUUGCUGCUAGUGCCAGCAGCCCUGGCGCAGACGGACACGCGGAUCGUCGGGGGCUACCCCUGUGAGAAGCCCCAGCCCUGGCAGGCCGCCAUCUUCAAUGAACACCAGCUGUACUGCGGGGGGGUGCUCAUCAACAAGGAGUGGGUGAUGACGGCCGCCCACUGCGUACUGAGGGGCACCACUAGCAUCCGUGUGGGCGAGUACAACCUGAGGCAGAUGGACGAGUCUGAGCAGGUCAAGAUGGCGGCCAAGUCCGUUGCCCACCCCAACUACAACCCCGCCACCAAGGACAAUGACAUCAUGCUCAUCAAACUCAGCAGCCCCGUGCAGCUGAAUAACAACGUGCACCCCAUCGCCCUGGCCAGCUCCGCCGCCCCGGCUGGAAUCGUCUGCCUGGUGUCCGGCUGGGGCACCACCACCACCCCCAAACCAGCCUCGUUCCCAGCCCUGCUUCAGUGCGCUAAUCUCGAGAUCAUCUCCGAUUCAGACUGUCGAAGAACCUACCCCGGCUUGAUCACUGACAACAUGCUGUGUGCCGGCGUGCCACAAGGGGGCACGGAUUCCUGCCAGGGUGACUCCGGGGGUCCGUUGGUGUGCGGCAGGUCCCUCCAGGGUAUUGUGUCGUGGGGGCUGGAGGAAUGCGCCCAGCCUAACAAACCGGGUGUCUACAGCAAGGUCAGCAAAUACCUUGACUGGAUCCAGCAAACCAUACGGGCCGGGUGAGUCACCCCGGGAGCCCCAAUAAAGCCGAG